AUGGCAGUCCCCAGAACGCUAGCUCUCAAGCUCAUGGAGACACAAUGCGCAAUCUUCAACACAACCUACAACCCCUCCGCCUUCCGCACCGGUAACAGUGUGCUGCGUCAACGUCUUCGCGGUCCCGCAAUGGCUGCAUACUACCCCCGCCGCGUCGUCAGAUUCCAGGACUUGCAAAAGGCUUAUCCUGGCUUUGAGACUUUCGAUGACGACGAGGAGGAUCGUGUGGAACAUGUCCAGAUCUCAAAGUCGAGAGGAAAGGGUGCUCCUAAGAAGAAGAGGACGGCUGCU